AUGGCAGUAAGCCAGAAGCAUCCCACUCCAGUGUUCUUCGUCAGUCAUGGAAGCACCAUGAUGCUGGGCGAGGAAUCAGAGCCAGCAGCUAUCUGGAAAGAAAUGGGGGACGAAGCCACGCGUCGAGGUGUGAAAAGUAUUGUCAUGAUGGGCGCUCACUGGGAAGCCCUCGGUGAUGAAAUUCAAGUGGCUAUGAACCCGAACCCUCAGCAAACACCGGUUGCGUAUGUGGCUCCAAAACGGUACAAGAACUUCGUCCUCAGCCCCGACCUCGUCCUCGGCUCCAAAGUCCUUUCCAUGCUCCAGUCGGCGGGCUUCGAAGCGAAAGCUAACCCAGUCCUUGAUUUCAUCCACGACACGUUCCUGAUACUUAUUCGCAUGUUUCCACACAUGCAGACCUGCAUCCCCGUAACUGUCAUCUCAGCCAACGCCCGUUUUGACCCGCACUAUCACGCCAAAGUGGGCUCUGUCCUACGACCUCUCCGCUACGAAAAUAUCCUCAUCAUAGGCUCUGGAGGAGCAGUUCACAACCUCUACCGCAAUCACUGGGCACAGAUGGUCAUCCAUCGGGAUAAUUUUGCCCAGCCAGUGCCGCCAGCACCAUGA